ACAAAAACAGUUUUUCAUGUAGUAGAGCGUUUAACAAAAAAAUAAAAACUUUUGGCAUCUUGUAAAGGGAUUAAACGAGGCCACGGCCAGCUACUUUAGUGCGGUAGGUUUCAAAAGGAGAAGAAAUAAAAAAAGAAAAGGAAGAAAAAAAACAAAAGCAGGAGCAGCACUGGCUUCUUUUGGUCUCAUGGCUCGAGUCAAGAAAGAAACAAGAUUGUAGAAUUGUAUAAAAAGGUUUAUGGUAUUUUUAAAAAGCAUAUAAAGCUCAGAUAUAGACGAGUGAAUGUUUUGUUUUGUCUGAGCCGGAGCGAGUGGGUGGUACCCCGUACAGCAGAAGUUGGCCUGGACACGUGGUCUCGGGGUGACCAAUCAGACGCCCCCCCAGGUUUAACUAUGUUAAAUGUCAGAUUGCAAUAAACUAGAAGCUGUUGGUCGGGCCCGCGGAAAUGGGCGAACAUAAUCUCCUUAAUCCGGGGUUUGUGGGACCUUUGGUAAACAUCCACACCGGAGACACCUUUUAUUUCCCCAAUUUUCGAGCGUCGGGGGGACAACUGGCGGGGCUACCGUCUCUCUCCUAUCCGAGGAGGGACAACGUUUGCUCGCUCCCGUGGAAUCCUUCGGAGCCGUGCAAUGGAUACUCCCAAUCCUACUUCAGCAGCCCCGUUUCCAUUAACCCCUCGUUCAACCGCUCGUGUGAGAUCAGCAGAGCCGAGGAGGCCAAGUGUUACUACAGUAACGGCGCCCGGGAGGCGUGCGGCAUCGGCGGCGGCGGCGGCGGCGGAGGAGGAGGAGGAGGCGCAGGAGGAGGCUCGGGCUCGGGCUCGGGUGGCCUCAAACGGGAGGACAGGGCGAGGGACACAUCCUCCGCAUCCUUAACAUCCGAGCACGGGAUGCACGCCGUGAUCGGCGCCGCGGCGGCAGGCUCCGGCGCCUCAGCCUCAGCCGCAGCCGCCUUCGCCAAAUACGAGUACGGGAACGAGCAGCUGACGCAGGACCCUCCGUCCUGUCAGUCCUUGGAGUCCGACUCCAGCUCGUCCCUGCUCAACGAGAGCGGCAAGCCCCCAUCCGGCGACGCGCAGAGCCUGGUGUCCCCGGGAAGCCACGCGAGCAACAUCGCCGCAGGCGGAGGUGCCCCGUGGUAUCCGAUGCACACACGGACCAGGAAGAAGCGCAAACCUUACUCCAAACUUCAGCUGGCCGAACUGGAGGGUGAAUUCAUGCUGAACGAGUUCAUCACCAGACAGCGGCGGAGGGAGCUCUCCGACCGGCUCAACCUCAGCGACCAGCAGGUGAAGAUCUGGUUCCAGAACCGCAGGAUGAAGAAGAAGAGACUCAUGCUGAGGGAACAAGCGCUGGCCUACUUUUAGUGCUGAUGCGGCUGCAGAAGGUGAAUCAAUAAGGCACUCCCCCCCCACCACCCACC